GUGAAGAGGGAGCCAGGAUCCAGCGACAGCAGGAAUCUUUCCUUCUAGAAGUCCAGCCCAGCCGCCUUCUUCUCCGCCGCGCCGCCGCCGCCGCCCAUCUGGACCUGACGACGCUCCAGCAACUCAGCAACUUAGGAACUAACGCCGCCAUCCAGCCCAACCUCGUGUCUUUUACUUCGCCCAUCGCCUCUUGUUUCCCCCCUCCCUCCCUCCUUCCGAUCCGAAACGCUCCCUGCCUGCCCCGACACCAUGGACGGGGUUGAUAUCACCAAGGCCGUCCUCAACAAAGGGAAGCAGAUGGCUAGUGUCGCCGCCGCCGCUGCCAAUGGCAAUGGCGGUAAGAAGAGAAGAAAAGGGACCGACUUAAAGCCGAUCGUCACCAACGACGCCGCCACGCCUGGAGUCGACCCAGCGACCUCCUCCACCACCACCACCACCACCAGUGAGGGGGCUCCCGCACACGGCGUUUCAGCAUCGCGCUCAUCCUCGUCAUCCUCCGGCGAAGAACUGGAGACCACCGCGGAGGAGGAGGACUCGGAGGACUACUGCAAGGGUGGCUACCACCCCGUCUCGGUCGGCGAGACUUACAACAACGGUCGCUACGUGGUCGUGCGCAAGCUGGGGUGGGGUCACUUUUCGACCGUCUGGCUGUCUCGCGAUACAACGACCGGGAAGCACGUCGCCCUCAAGGUUGUCCGCUCCGCCGCCCACUACACCGAAACCGCCAUCGAUGAGAUCAAGCUGCUGAAUCGCAUCGUCGCCGCCAACCCCUCCCACCCCGGUCGCAAACAUGUCGUCAGUCUGCUGGACUCGUUCGAGCACAAGGGCCCCAACGGGGUGCACGUCUGCAUGGUGUUCGAGGUGCUGGGAGAAAAUUUGCUCGGCCUGAUUAAGCGCUGGAACCACCGCGGCAUCCCCAUGGCCCUGGUCAAGCAGAUCACCAAGCAGGUGCUGCUCGGCCUGGACUACCUCCAUCGCGAGUGUGGCAUCAUCCACACCGACCUCAAGCCGGAGAACGUGCUGAUCGAGAUCGGCGACGUCGAGCAGAUUGUCAAGACCUACGUCAACGAGGAGGCCAAGAAGGAGCAGAAGGACGACACCCAGGACAACCGCAAUGGCCGGCGACGGCGCCGCACCCUGAUCACGGGGAGUCAGCCGCUGCCCAGCCCGCUGAACACCAGCUUCGAUUUCAAGCACACCUCGCACAACUCCCACAGCAGCCUGAGCCAGAUGGUGAGCGAUUCAUCGGCUGCGCCCGCUCACGAGAGCCCAUCGAUGAAGGAUAUACUAGGGAUCAAGGACGAUGACGAGAAGCAGAAGCAACGGGAGAAGACCGCGGAUCUGCUGGAGCGCGAAGUGUCGGGGAUCUCGCUGGACAAGUCGUCCACGUCGAAUGAGGAGCUGGAGUGCGACAUCAUCUCCGUGAAGAUUGCCGACCUGGGCAACGCCUGCUGGGUCGGCCACCACUUCACGAAUGACAUCCAGACACGGCAGUACCGGUCGCCGGAGGUGAUUCUGGGGUCGAAGUGGGGCGCCAGCACAGAUAUCUGGAGUAUGGCGUGCAUGGUAUUCGAACUCAUCACCGGAGACUACCUGUUUGACCCCCAAUCAGGCACGAAGUACGGCAAAGACGACGACCACAUCGCGCAGAUCAUCGAGCUGCUCGGCCCGUUCCCCAAGUCACUCUGCCUGGCGGGCAAGUGGUCGCAGGAGAUCUUCAACCGCAAGGGCGAGCUGCGCAACAUCCACCGGUUACGUCACUGGGCGCUGCCAGAGGUGCUGCACGAGAAGUACCACUUCACGCCGGAGCAGGGCAUGGAAAUCAGCGAGUUCCUACUGCCCAUGCUGGAGGUCACGCCGGACCGACGCGCCAACGCCGGUGGCAUGGCCUCGUACCAAUGGAUGCGCGACACGCCCGGCAUGGAGGCCAUCGAUCUGGGCAUACCGCCUGGCACCCGCGGCGAGGGCAUCGACGGCUGGGCGAUGGAGGUCAAACGGAGAUAAAGACCGUCUUAAAAAGUACAUUAGCCGUAAGGCGAACUGACGGGAGUCGGGGUGACGAGUUUCCUUUUCUUUUCUGUUAUUGUGGCGGAUCUCUAUAUUCUACAUUUUUGGCUGCUUGGCUGGCCGUUUACUGGAUGUUACGAUUGCCUUGAACGUGAUGUUUGCACGCUCGUAUGUUUUCUAUAGAGUUACUACUACUGCUGCUGCUGCUGAUACUCUUGU